UGGAACUCAUUGGGGUGGAAACUCCCUAGCAACAGCUGAUGGAUGGGUUAGGGCCUUGAUAUUGGCCUGGGGCCACAGCAUGACCCUGGAAGGACCAGGCUGGUGCUGGGGGGCUUGGAGGGGAAUUUAAGGGAAAAGAAUUAAGGUCAUAAAUCUUGGACCCGCUCAGUUUUCCUCCUCCUCCACCUUAAUCUCUUACCAAACCUGCCCCCCAGCUGCUCAUCCAAGGCCGGGGGCGUUAAGGGAGUCCACCCGCCAUUCCCCUCCCUCAAUUUCAGAAGUGCUCACCCACUUCUGAAAUUGCACACUUGCACCCCUGUGGGGAAGGGAGAGGGCAGCCACUGGAGUUGGGUAGGAUAAAGACCUGGUGUGGCCAAGACUGGAUGUGACCUGACUCAUAGUGGUAGAUAGGGCUUCGAGGCCUCCGUUUCCUCAACCUGGGGUUUGAAAUUCUCUCCUGGUACCUGUCUGCUCAUUCAGGAAGGAGCACUAAGACCAAGAGGGAUUGCGCAGCUGCAGGACACAUGGCCCUGUCUUCAGAAGCCCCAGUCUGAGAGGAGCACAGCCUUGGCCUUGGGAGCCCUCAAACCCAGAGGCGCUGUCCACGCCCCGAGGCCUGGGCUCAGGCCGAAGUUGUUCCACGGCACCCCCAGCUGACAGCCAGCAACUAGCAGAGCCCCCAAGCACGGGGGCCCUCUCUCUCCCAGAUAUUUCCAGUGUGACAGCCCAGGCGGCAGAGCCGAGGGUCCUGGUCCCGGCUUCUCGCACCCUCAUGUCAGCCCCGGCCCCGCCUGGUGGCCCUCGGAGGACAAGGUCAGGAUGCGUGUGAAGCCCCAGGGCCUGGUGGUGACUUCCAGUGCCGUGUGCAGCUCUCCUGACUACCUCCGGGAGCCCAAGUACUACCCCAGCGGCCCCCCUACCCCCCGCCCCUUGCUUCCCACCCCACCUCCCGACCCUCGGGCGGCCCGUCCAGUCUCGCAGGCCCACUGCCCCACACCUGCUGGCGACGGCAGCAGCUCCCAACGUCACUGGGACAACGGGCGGGUGAACCUGCGUCCAGUGGUGCAGCUGAUUGACAUCAUGAAGGACCUGACCCGGCUCUCCCAGGACCUGCAACACAGCGGUGUGCACCUGGACUGCGGUGGGCUCCGGCUUAGCCGCCCGCCCGCCCCACCCCCUGGUGACCUUCAGUAUAGCUUCUUCUCCUCCCCCAGUCUGGCCAACAGCAUCCGCAGCCCCGAGGAGCGGCCUACCCCCCACGCCAAGUCUGAGCGGCCCGGCCACCCCCUCUAUGAGCCUGAGCCUGAGCCGAGAGACAGUCCUCAGCCCAGUCAAGGCCAUAGUCCCGGAGCCACGGCCGCGGCCACUGGCCUGCCCCCGGAACCUGAGCCAGACGGCCCUGAUUACUCAGAACUCGCUGAUGCCGACAUCCUUAAUGAGCUGGCCUCCCUUACUUGCCCCGAGGCCCAGCUGCUGGAGGCCCAGGCCCUUGAGCCGCCAUCGCCUGAGCCAGAGCCUCAGCUCCUGGACCCCCAGCCCCGCUUCCUGGACCCACAGGCACUAGAACCGCUUGGGGAGGCGUUGGAGCUGCCGCCCUUGCAACCUCUCGCUGACCCUCUGGGGCUGCCAAGCCUGUCUCUGCAGGCCCUGGACACCCUGCCCGACUCCCUGGAGUCACAGCUGCUUGACCCUCAGGGACUUGACCCCCUGCCCAAAUUGCUUGACGUCCCCGGCCGUCGUCUGGAGCCCCAGCAGCCCCUAGGGCCCUGCCCACUGGCCGAGCCCUUGCACCUGGACCUAUGCUCACCCCACGGUCCCCCUGGGGCGGAGGGACUCCCCAAGUAUGCCUUGCGGCGCACUGAUAGGCCAAAGAUUCUGUGUCGCCGGCGGAAAGCUGGUCGGGGGCGCAAGGCAGACGCCGGACCUGAGGGCCGCCUGCUGCCCCUGCCUAUGCCCACGGGGAUGGCGGCCGCCCUGGCGGAGCCUCCACCACCACCGCCUCCACCACCCCCUGCCCUGCCGGGCCCAGGCCCAGAGCUGGAGCUGGACUCUUCCCAGAACCCAAUGAUUCCUGCCCGCAAAACCAAGUGCCGGGGCGUGCGCCGCAUGGUGGUGAAGAUGGCCAAGAUCCCCGUGUCGCUGGGGCGGCGGAACAAGACCACGUACAAGGUGUCCUCCCUGAGCAGCAGCCUGAGCGUGGAGGGCAAAGAGCUGGGCCUGCGUGUGUCGGCCGAGCCCACCCCGCUGCUGAAGAUGAAGAACAACGGCCGGAACGUGGUGGUGGUCUUCCCCCCCGGCGAGAUGCCCAUCAUCCUCAAACGUAAGCGUGGCCGCCCUCCUAAGAACCUGCUGCUGGGUCCCGGCAAGCCCAAGGAGCCAGCCGUGGUGGCGGCGGAGGCCACCACUGUGGCAGCAGCCACCAUGGCCAGCCGAGCCGACGCCAACGACAGCAAGGCCGAGUACUCGGACGUGCUGGCCAAGCUGGCCUUCCUGAACCGCCAGAGCCAGUGUGCCGGGCGCUGCUCACCGCCCCGCUGCUGGACACCCAGCGAGCCCGAGUCGGUGCAUCAGGCCCCCGACACCCAGAGCAUCUCCCACUUCCUGCACCGCGUGCAGGGCUUCCGGCGGCGUGGUGGCAAAGCAGGUGGUUUCGGGGGCCGGGGUGGGAGCCACGCGGCCAAGGCAGCCCGAUGCUCCUUCAGUGACUUCUUUGAGGGCAUCGGCAAGAAGAAGAAGGUGGUGGCAGUGGCAGCUGCCGGGGUGGGGGGCCCCGGCCUCACCGAGUUGGGCCAUCCCCGCAAACGGGGCCGUGGGGAGGUGGAUGCCCUCACGGGGAAGCCCAAACGCAAGAGGCGGUCCCGGAAGAAUGGGACUCUGUUCCCAGAGCAGGUGCCCAGUGGCCCCGGCUUUGGGGAGGCAGGCGCCGAAUGGGCCGGGGACAAGGGUGGUGGCUGGGCCCUUCACCAUGGGCACCCAGGUGGGCAAGCUGGCCGGAACUGUGGGUUCCAGGGGACUGAGGCCCGGGCCUUUGCCUCCACUGGGCUGGAGAGCGGGACCUCAGGCCGUGGCAGCUACUACAGCACGGGCACGCCUGCGGGCCAGAACGAGCUCAGCCAGGAGCGCCAGAACCUCUUCACUGGCUAUUUUCGCUCCCUGCUCGAUUCAGAUGACUCCUCCGACCUCUUGGACUUUGCCCUUUCAGCCUCACGCCCUGGCCCUGAGUCCCGGAAGACAUCGGGCACCUAUGCGGGGCCCCCAACCAGCGCCCUGCCUACCCAGCGGGGCCUGGCCACAUUCCCCAGCCGGGGAGCCAAGGCCAGCCCAGUGGCGGUGGGCAGCAGUGGCCCUGGAGCGGACCCCUCCUUUCAGCCUGUCCUGCCUGCUCGCCAGACCUUCCCACCAGGCCGGGCGGGGAGCUACGGGAUAACCCCAGCCACUUCAGAUUGCCGGGCAGCGGAGACCUUUCCGAAGCUGGCUCCUCCGCCUUCGGCUGUGGCCCGCUCACCCACCACCCACCCGCCUGCCAACACCUACACCCCCCAGUACGGUGGCUAUGGGGCUGGACAGAGUGUAUUCGCCCCAGCAAAGCCCUUUACGGGCCAAGACUGUGCUAACAGCAAGGACUGCAGCUUUGCCUAUGGCAGCGGCAACAGCCUGCCCGCCUCGCCCAGCAGUGCCCACAGCGCUGGCUAUGCCCCACCGCCUACUGGUGGGCCCUGCCUGCCACCAGGCAAGGCCUCCUUCUUCAACAGUUCUGAGGGGGCUGCCUUCUCUGGUUCAGCCCCCACACCCCUGCGCUGUGACAGCCGGGCCAGCACGGUCUCGCCUGGCGGCUACAUGGUGCCCAAGGGCACCACAGCCUCUGCUGCCUCCUCCUCCUCCUCCUCCUUCCAGCCCUCACCUGAGAACUGUCGGCAGUUUGUGGGGGCUUCUCAGUGGCCUUUCCGGCAGGGCUAUGGAGGCCUGGACUGGGCCUCGGAGGCCUUCAGUCAGCUCUACAAUCCCGGUUUCGACUGCCAUGUCAGCGAGCCCAACGUGAUCCUGGACAUCUCCAACUACACGCCACAGAAGGUGAAGCAGCAGACAGCCAUGUCCGAGACCUUCUCCGAGUCGUCCUCCGACAGCACCCAGUUCAAUCAGCCGGUCGGAGGCGGCUUCAGGCGUGCCAACAGCGAGGCCUCGAGCAGCGAGGGCCAGUCCAGCCUGUCCAGCCUGGAGAAACUCAUGAUGGACUGGAACGAGGCCUCAUCGGCCCCCGGCUACAACUGGAACCAGAGCGUCCUCUUCCAGAGCAGCUCUAAGCCCGGCCGCGGACGGCGGAAGAAGGUCGACCUGUUUGAGGCCUCACAUCUGGGCUUCCCGUCAUCCGCCUCAGCCACUGCCUCAGGCUACCCGUCCAAACGGAGCACAGGGCCCCGGCAGCCCCGGGGCGGACGGGGCGGUGGGGCCUGCUCAGCAAAGAAGGAGCGGGGCGGCGCCGCAGCCAAAGCCAAGUUCAUCCCCAAGCCACAGCCCGUCAACCCGCUGUUCCAGGACAGCCCCGACCUCGGCCUGGACUACUACAGUGGGGACAGCAGCAUGUCACCACUGCCCUCGCAGUCAAGGGCCUUUGGUGUGGGUGAGCGAGACCCCUGUGACUUCAUGGGACCUUACUCCAUGAACCCGUCCACGCCAUCUGACGGCACCUUUGGCCAAGGCUUCCACUGCGACUCACCCAGCCUGGGUGCCCCCGAGCUGGAUGGCAAGCAUUUCCCCCCGCUGGCCCACCCGCCCACGGUGUUUGAUGCUGGCCUGCAGAAGGCGUACUCACCCACCUGCUCACCAACACUGGGCUUCAAGGAAGAGCUGCGGCCGCCACCCACAAAGCUGGCUGCCUGUGAGCCCCUCAAGCAUGGGCUCCCGGGGGCCAGCCUAGGCCAUGCGGCUGCAGCCCAGGCCCACCUGAGCUGCCGGGACCUGCCACUGGGCCAGCCCCACUACGACUCCCCCAGCUGCAAGGGCACAGCAUAUUGGUACCCGCCAGGCUCGGCUGCACGCAGCCCACCCUAUGAAGGCAAGGUGGGCACAGGGCUGCUAGCUGACUUCCUGGGCAGGACGGAGGCUGCGUGCCUCAGUGCCCCACACCUGGCUAGCCCACCAGCCACACCCAAGGCCGACAAGGAGCCCCUGGAGAUGGGCCGGCCACCUGGUCCACCCCGUGGCCCUGCUGUAGCCGCUGCUGGCUAUGGCUGCCCGCUCCUUAGUGACUUGACCCUGUCCCCUGUGCCAAGGGACUCACUGUUGCCCCUGCAGGAUACCACCUAUAGGUAUCCAGGCUUUAUGCCACAGGCGCAUCCCGGCCUGGGUGGGGGCCCCAAGAGCGGCUUCCUGGGGCCCAUGGCGGAACCUCACCCUGAGGACACAUUCACCGUCACCUCCCUGUAGUGCCAACUGAAGUGCCGACUGGACCUCGAGGUUUUGUUCCUGGCUUUCAGAAAAUCAACGCCAAGACCCCUCCCAGCGUCCACAUCGUCCUCUGGCAGGAGCGCUUGCCCCUCUGCCUCCCGCCCCGCCCCACCUGCACCCCCCUGCAGCCCCAUCUCCUCCAACCUCCCCCCACCCCGCCCAUCUCCUCCACGCAGAAGCCCAAGGUGAGCCCUUUCUGCACAAAACCAGCAAUUGUAAAAUACUUUUUAAAAAUGUACAAAACUUAAAAAACAAAACACAGUUUUAGAAAAAGACAAAAAAAAAGAGAGAGCGAGAGAGCGAGCGCGUGCAAGAGGUUGCAAGCGGGGCCUCGAGGUGUCCGGAGCCCCUGCAAGUAUGCACUGAGAAAUUUAUCUACAGGUCGUUUGACAAAAAUGAACAAUAUCCUAUUUAUUGUAUAUACUGUUUUAUUAUAAAUCGUGGAUUGUAUAUUGCAUUCUGUAAACCUGCUGUGGUCCCGUGGUGUGCAAAUUCGCAUGGUGGGGGGGAGGGGAAAGAACCUCUUGCGGGGGCUUUUUUUUUUUCUUUCUUUCUUAUUUUUCACUCUUUUGGGUUUUCUCUUCUGUUGUUGUUGUUGUUUUCUGUUGGCAGGACACACCCAAAGAUCCAAGUUUGUAUUAAAAAGAAAUGAAAAAAAAGCAAAAAAAAAAAA